CAUUUGAAAUGACAGUAUGUUAAUCUGAGAGGACUCUCAAGUAACAGUCUGCUUGUGACACUGAAAUAAAUUACAGAUUCUUGCAAGUUCUGAGAAUGCAACAGCAGUCACAACAGCAACAAUUACCACAGCAAUCACAACAGCAGCAACAGCAACCACAACAGUUACAGCAGCAGCCACAGGCAACUGAUGAUCAGGAGGAGAAGGAUGAUAUAGAUGAAGAUAUUGAAGAUGAAGAAUUUAUUGAUGAGGACUAUGAGGAAAGUGGUGAACGUCGGAGUCGUACAGGCUCAGGCCCCAGCGGCCGCACAGUCACGCUGCAGAUGUUGCUUGCAGCGGGCAUUCUAGAGCCCGGUGAGGGAACAAUGGCCAUCGAGUACCUGGGUCAGAGGUUUAUAGGAGAUUUGCUUCCUGAUGGCAAGAUAAAAUCACAAGAAACAGACAUUGUAUUCGCGUCUCCAAGUGCAUGGGCAAUUCACUGCAAAAGGAUUAUCAACCCAGAAAAGAAAUCUGGUUGCGGCUGGGCAUCUGUGAAAUACAAGGGGAAGAAGCUGGAUGCAUACAAAAACACAUGGUUUAAGAAGAGAAAACAAGAACAAAAUAAAGAAAUUGAAGUUUCAGAUGAUGAAGAUAUGGAGAAGGAGAAGGUAAUGAUGGCUCCAGCCCCAGUUCCUAGAAUUGUAAUCAAACACAAUGUGAUUGGCAGUCGAGCAAUGAACCAUGACCCCAAUACGCUUAUUGAAAGUACUGCAUUUUCAUCCAUGGGCAAGAUUCAGCCAUUUCUAUUGUCCAUGUCAACAAAUGCCGUGCUGGUGAUGGACUUCCACUGUCACUUAACAACAUCAGAAGUUGUUGGCUAUCUUGCAGGCCAUUGGGAUGUUAAUGCACACAACCUUGCAAUCACACAUGCAUUUCCAUGCCGUUCGCGACUUGCGGACCGAGAAUUGGCUCCACUGGUAGAAGCAGAUAUUUGCCGUGCCAUCGAGCAGCGACACUUAACUUUGGUGGGGUGGUACCAUUCUCAUCCAUUCGCUGCUGCCACACCAACGCUUCGUGACAUUGAUGCACAACUUGACUACCAGAUCAGGAUGAAAGGCAACAGUGAUGCCAGUUAUACACCUUGUGUUGGUGUUAUAUGCUCUCCAUACAAUCAUGACUCCCCAAGCCUGGAGUCAUCCGUUGUGAGUUAUUGGGUGAUGCCUCCCCCUGAGACCAAGCCUCAUGAGUAUGGGAAACCAAUGCUAAUGAGCUACAGUGUGAUCCAAGACCAGUUUCUGUCACAGGAUGCUCUUAAUGAAAUGAAACGGUGUGUGAAUUUCUACCAGAAUGAAAGGGAUUUUGUCAAGUUCAGUGAGAAAUUUAAGGGCAACAUUACUUACCUCGACAAGUUAAAGACUACACUUACAUCGAAGUUCCCUCGAGACCAAAGUGAUGGAAUUCUCUGGGGUUUCAUUUGUGAAAUGGUUUGCCCAAGGUCAGGUAAUACUGAGAAUGGAAACAGAGUUUUUAGCCCACCAGAAAUCCCAGUUGCUGUAAGUACAACACAAGCACCAUUGGAACGUGUCAAUCUGCUGGUACCGAACAUUGUUCCGAGCUCCAUCAAGCCUGUGAACGCCAACAACACUAGCAGUACUAGCACCAGUACCUCAUCGUCUGUGACAGUUGGAAUGGGUCCAUCAGGAGGACUCAUGAUGGGUUCUGACAUUGCCAAUGCAUUAUUUGCAACUGGAAAGUUUCCUUCACCAUCGUCCCUCAUGGGGCUCGCUGGUGAUCCAGGACGUGCCAGUCUUGCCAUGAGUAACAUGUUCAUCUCUCCAAUUGGUUUCAAAAUGGAUCAGAUUAGUAUCCUUAAACCCAUUGCUAUAUCCACCACAGCUACGCCAACCACCCCUACUUCUAGUUGUAAUAACAAUAUUAGCAGUAUCACAAAUAAUCCAGUUCCUGGCUCCUCCAAAAUUGCAGAUGUUACAUCUCCCAGUGUAAAAGUGACUCAGACUGAUAUGGGGAACUUCACGCUACCAGAAAGUCUCGAUAAGAACCGUACAAAAACAAGUGGACAAGUGCUUUAAAAGAGAAAGCAGAGAACCUCAUAAAUAAACUUAUUGCACUUCUGAGUACUCAUUUUUAUUGAGAAAGGCACCUUAAUUACCCAGAUAUAAAAUGAUCCCCCUUGUCAAAACUUAAGUUCACAGUAAUAUAUAUUUUUAAGUCAUAAUUACAUCACACCACUUUAAAAACAUGCAUUACUCUAGAUCAAGGCUGUCCAACUACAUUGAGGAACCGCAAUUACCUCAUAGGCACCUACUGAUAAUGCUGCUUUAUAAAAAUAUAUUUUUUUCCCUUACCCCAAUACAAAUAUCUGACUUGCAAUGUUCAGCUCUGUCAUGCACAAGCACACAAAAGAGAACUGGAUCCAUAAGGUUCAAAUGAUUUAUUUAAAUCUAAUAUACAGGGUGAAUCAUAUAGAACUGGCCCGAUGAAUUUGCUAAUAAUUCCGCAG